CAGAAUGAGUUCUAAUUCUAUCGUCACUUAGUAACAGCAUUUUACAAGCUAGUGGUUUCACUUGUUACAUGUUACUGAUCACCGUUAAGCAAUGUAUUCCAGGACAGUCAAGGAAACGAAUGACAAGAAGGAAGAUAUCGUUCCUGAGCUAUCCAUAAAGUUUAGGAUCUCUAGGAUGAUGUCUAGGAUGAUGUCUAGGAUCUCUACGAUAACGUCUAGGAUCUUUAGGAUAAUGUCUUUCAAUGAAGUGGGCCCGGACAUUCAGUGGUGUGCAAUUCUAGGCUUUUUGACACUAGUCCUUGUGUGCAUUUACUACAUUCUCUGCCCCAGCAUUGCAUUCUUAUGGAACGUCAUGACUACCGUGAUCAGCGUGAUGUCUUCUCACAUAUCCCAUCAUGUGGCUGAGCAACACGGCGAAUUGAAGAACACCUUUUCUGAAGUGAUGAAGUGGACACAGCAGAGGACACGCCGGGAAGAGAUGGAUUUUUUCAGACAGGAGUUUCUGAAACAGGAAGACAUGAUACAGUCGCUUAGAUCUGAUGUGAAAGACCUUCGAUUCCUUCUAGAAGAUGCCACAAGGAGCAUGAAAGAGUUGCAGAUUCAGAUGGCCCGUUUGAUAAAGGAGUAUUCUGAGAACCAGAAAGACAUGGCACAGCUACUCAUGUCUGAUGUGCACACGCUGAAACUUUUUAAAGUAGAUGCCGCAACCAAACUGACAGAUUUACAGAAAGAGCUACACAUUUUAAAGAACGAUGGAACAAGAAUGACAGACAAGUCUUCAGAUACACAACCUCUCCUCGAUCAUAACAGAUGAUGGAGGAGAAAUGGCAGGGAAUGCACCAGGAGUCUGAGAAGGGAAAGGUGUUAGGGACAUUUGUCUACAACUACGACGGAAAUCCCAUUCAGACCUUUUUCUUUGAAGCCGUCACCAUUUUUUUUCGGCAAGCAAUUCAUUAUACAAAGAUAUUUCUCCUUUCCCUGAACCCUGAGAAUGACCAUAUAACUCAUUUAAAAAAAAAAAAAAGAAAAUA